AUGUGCGCAUACAAGGCACCAUCGUUGGAUGCAAGGGAAGAUAUGAUGAUCAGGGAGGUACCAAGAGUUGGAAAAGAGGCUGUAACCAAAGCCAUCAAGGAAUGGGGCCAGCCAAUGUCUAAGAUCACGCAUUUGAUCUUCUGUACCACCAGUGGCGUUGCGUUGUCUGGCGUUGAUUACGAACUCAUUGUACUUUUAGGACUCGACCCAUGCAUCAAGAGGUACAUGAUGUACCACCAAGGUUUCUUUGCUGGAGGCACUGUCCUUCGCUUGGCUAAGGACUUGGCUGAAAACAACAAGGAUGCUCAUGUGCUUAUCGUUUGUUCUGAGAAUACUACAGUCACUUUCCGUGGUCCUAGUGAGACAGACAUGGAUAGUCUUGUAGGGCAAGCAUUGUUUGCAGAUGGAGCUGCUGCGAUUAUCAUUGGUUCUGAUCCUGUGCCAGAGGUUGAGAAGCAUAUCUUUGAACUUAUUUCGACUUACCAAAAACUUGUCCCUGGCAGCCAUGGAGCCAUCGGUGGUCUCCUUCGUGAAGUUGGGCUUAUAUUCUAUCUUAACAAGAGUGUUCCUGAUAUUAUUUCACAAAAUAUCAACGAAGCACUCAGUAAAGCUUUUGAUCUGUUGGAUAUAUCUGAUUAUAACUCAAUAUUUUGGAUUGCACACCCUAGUGGACGUGCAAUUCUAGACCAGGUUGAACAGAAGAUGAAUUUGAAGUCAGAGAAAAUGAAAGCCACUAGAGAUGUCCUUAGCAAUUACGGUAACAUGUCAAGUGCAUGUGUGUUCUUUAUUAUGGAUUUGAUGAGGAAGAAGUCCCUUGAAAAUGGACUUAAAACCACUGGAGAAGGACUUGAUUGGGGUGUGCUUUUUGGAUUUGGUACUGGUCUUACUAUUGAAACCGUUGUUCUCCGCAGCGUGGCCAUAUGA